CCAGAUUUCUAUUGGACAGACAUUAACUAUUAUCAUGCAAACCUCUACAAAUAUUCAUAAACAUAAGAGGGAUGUCAUCCAAUCAGAAUGCCCGAUUUCAGGGGAGGCAGGGUUUGUAGAUGCCCUCAGCAACACAGAUUCAAAUGCAAACUGGGGGGCGGAGCCUAACUUCAACCUCAACCUCAAUCUGAGUUCGCCAAGCAACCCCCGCCCAGUCACAGAGACCAUGAAGCUGCAUGGAGGCAACAAAAAGGCAGAUGGGAAUAAAGGAAGUGGGAAACCUGGAGCCAAAGGAGCAGUUACAACAGAAACCGGCAAAUCGGCAAGUACCUCAACAACUACUGUGAUAUCACCAGGGGAGACCGAUGAUUCAGCGCAGCAAAAAAGCAAAAUUCCAGCUUUGUGUCGCUCUCAAACAGCUGAGACGUCGGUGAACAGCAGGAGUGAUCAAAGGCUGAAAUUGCCGAAUCCCAAACAUACCCCAACACUCAGCCCCAAGACGCACCCACACAGCAACAUGGCGACAAGUCCAAAACCACACCGGAUGGAUCAAAUGAUGAGUGCUGCCAAAACACAAGCCAGAACACAAGCGCUGGGGGUGGAAUCUGCAAGCAACUCAAGCCCUAGACCACAUGUUGCACUGACAACUGAAAUGACAACAAAGACUACAAGCAAAAUAACAGUGAGCCUAAAAAUGCAAACCAAGAAAGAAGAUGGUGGAAAAGACAUUAGCCCCGACACACAGUCACCAAAAACGCUACACCUUCCUGUAAGCCCGAAAGUCCACAGUCAGAAAGGAGAUUCAAACACUAUCAGUCCAAAAAUGGCUAAUCGAACCCCAACAAUGACAGCCAGAGCACAAAAACCAGACCCAGCAAGCAUUACCACCAAGUCAAGUGAACAAGCUAGCCAAGACUCAAGGACUCACAGUUCACAAGAUCAGAGGGCAGAGUCAGCACUGCUUAGCACUAAGACCCUUCAAAUUAAUUCUCUAAGUCCCAAACCAUCUACUCAGAGAAAAGCUACUGGGACCAAAACCAGUAGCACGUCAGGGUCCAAGGAGAAUCCUGAUUGUAAAGACUCUAGUGCUGGGUCUGGAUCCAAAACUAACUCCAAAUCCAGUUCAAAUUCUAAUGCCACAACGGUGACCAAGGACAGUUUGGAUUCUAAAACUGGCAGAGAUUCCAAAGCCAGUCAUGAUACUAAAUCCACAAUGGGGUCCAGAGAUAGUCUGGAUUCUAAAAGUGGUUCUGCCUCCAAAACCAGUUUGGGAUCAAAGGACAGUUUAGACUCUAAAACUGGGUCCAAUUCCAAAGCCAGUCCUAACUCUAAGUCGAGGAUGGGUUCCAGAGAUAGCCUUGAUUCUAAGACUGUUACUGAAAGCAAAACAAAUUCUGGAUCUAAAAUCCCUGAUUCUAAGACAUUUGUAGGUUCAAAACCUGGCAUGGGGUCAAAAGAAGACCCAGAUCCUAAAACUAAGACUCCUUCAGACUCUAAAGCCAGUUUCAAUCUUAAAAACAGUCCAAGUUUUAAAUCUGGCUCUGAGUUGAAUCUCAUCUCUGGUUCUGAUACCCUUUCCAGUUCUAAACCUGGUCCAACUUCAAAAACUUCUCUGAUGGCCUCUGGCUCUAAAAUAGACCUUGCUGGAUCUAUUUCCCCAUCUUCCUCUAGAACUGGUCUGUCUGGAUGCAAAGAUGACAGCCUCAAAGCAGUGUCUGGUGCUAAGCCCGGUCCAGAUUCAAAAGUUGGAUCAGAGUCUUCCAAGCCUGGACCAAUUCGAUCUAGUUCAAAGUCAGCUCUGGCAGAUUUGUCUUCGUCUGUGAUGCUCUCUCCUAUACCUGGCUCAGCAAGUAGGAGUCCUGUGUCUGGUCCUGGUAGAAGUCCUGGGGCUAGUCUACUUGGGCCGAGCAGGGAGGUCCAGAGGAGUCCUGGUUCUGCUCCAAGUCAUAAUGUGAAUUCAGGGCCUGCUGGCUCCUCUGGCCACCUCCAGCCCCAAAACUAGAACCACUGUUGCCUUGACGACAAGGGGACCAUCCACCUUACAGCCUGCAGUAUCUGCUGCUGUGGAAACGAAUCCCAGGAGCACAUCCCAUAAUACUGGUCUGACUCGAGGUCUCACCUUUGACUCCAUCAAGACGCCGGCAAAAACGGGUGCUGCCGUCAAGGAAGAACAUUUGAACCUGCCGGAAACCAAAGUGACAGCUGUAGGAGGACCGGUGGUGUCCCAGGGGGAUGUGAGAGGGGUAGGUGUGACUGACAAUGCGGGUUGGUCGCCAGAAGACACCAGAGGGAUAUCAGGUACCCCAUCGAGCAAACUGGGUCACCUGGGAGACACAAAUACCAUCACCGCUGGUUGCAACAUCCCAUCGUCAAGGGCAAUGGGAGUAGAGAGUAAGAAAGAGAAGAAGAAGCAGGAAAUGGGGAGACAGAAAGACGAUUUGGGGAGUUCUUUCUCGACCCUCUGUCCUCUUCCUCCUCCUUCCUCUCAUUCCAGCGAGCUCCAAGAAAGUCAGGGAGACCGCUACCAUGACCGACCCUAAUGAGAGGCUCCCUUCACGGGGAGGGGAGUGGAGAGAAGUGGGCAUCCAGGUGGAGGUGGAGGUGGUCGAAAGCUCAGUUUCCACCAGCCCAAGGCUCCACAGGGAAGCUCCCACCUCCUCCCUGAUUUUCUCCUCUAGCUGUCAGUCAGGUAGUUUGACCUCACCGGCAGUCCCUGCUGAGCAGCCGCCAUUUCAGCAUGUCUGCAAGAUCGACAUCGAGCUGCGCAGCCAAUCAGUGCUUCCCUCUGUUGUGACUGACAAGGCUAGCUCCCUCCCUGCCUGUCUCCGUACGUACAGCUUCCAGCAGAGUCCUAGCCUCAUAUCAGAGCUACAACUCCAAAACCAUGGAAGGAGACGUUAGUGCUGAGAGUAUCUGGGAGGAUGAGGAGGAAGAGGUGGAGAAAGGGGAUAACAAAGGAGCAAGAGAGCAGAAAGAGGAGGAAGAGGACCUGGAUAAAAAGGAAAAGGAAGAAACGGUGAAGCCACAGGAGGUGGUGUGGGAUGAGCAGGGGAUGACGUGGGAGGUGUAUGGUGCUUCAGUAGACCUGGAGUCCCUGGGCACAGCGAUCCAAUCCCACCUGGAGUCUAAGAUUCGGGAACAGGAGAAACACAUCAGUACUCUGAGGAAGUCCAUCUGCUCUGACAGCAGCCUCAGAGGAUACAAGAUGAAGAAAAGAAAGAAGAGGAGAGGAGGGAUUCUGGGAUGCUGCAGGAAGGCGCCUGCUGUGGCAGACUGAGUCCAGAAAGCUAAAAUUUUAGUUAAUGCUGAUUUUAAAACACACGUUCAUAAAGGAGAUGUUGACACUGUAUGCACACAAGAUACAUCUCACUGCACUUACCUCCUCAUAUUUCCCCUGUGCAGUUAGGAAUCAGUUUGUUCACACAUUAUGUCUUUGUCUUAUGUAUGUUUUCAGCAUCUUUGUCAGAUGUUUAAAGGGUUUUUUUUGUUUGAGAAAUAAUUUCUGGAUACAUAUAUGUAAACAAACUGUUCCACAUUUUCUAAACUAUGCCAAUUUGUUUUCUUUUCAAGAGUCUGAUGGCUAGGUCUGUACUACUACUACUUAAGCAUGGAGCUGCAGUCAUGUUUACGGUUAGCAUAAGGACUGGGAGGUGAGGGAAACUGUUUUUACAUUUGUUUCUGUACAAUUAAAGACAGUCUUUAUGCUAAGCUAGGCUAACCAAUCUUCUAAAAUGCUUACUUGCUUAUUCCUUUAACAAACAGAUUAUGAUCAGUCAGUAUUUCUCAGGGUGUUCACAGAAUGGAAACUUGAUUAAUUUUCUUUUUUAAAGACUGAAGCUGUUCUUUGUUUGUUAACUGAUCGAUGUUAUUUAUAAGUGAAAGUACUGUUUUGUAUUAGCUACUAAAUGCACGUAUGUGAUUAUACUUCACAUUCUAAGGCAACAGUACUACUGCUACAUUCCACUGCUGCUGCCUGUACACUUUUAUCCAAAGUAAAUACCACUACCACUCAUGGUACCAUUACUAAUACACUUUUAUUUCACUUUCAGAGGUGGUUCAGCAAAGUGGGAAUCAGUAAUACCUUCCUCCAGUCAUUGGGACAGUAGUAUUUCAGGUUGUUAAAGUGGAACGGAGAAGACAGCAGCUCUCUAGUCUUCAAUGGCAGUAAAUAUUUCAUCCACUUCCCUUGUUAUGAAACGCAGCACAAAGCACUUAAGAGCUUGGGAACCCAGAAAAGCCAUGAGUGAGUCAGUGAGUUGGUUUCUGCAAAUUUAUCAGAGGGAAAGUAUUUUUCCUUUCCUUCCCCUCCUCUCUUUCCAGGUCACUACACUUCUGUCAGUAGGCAUUAGUUACUGCAGUACCAAUAUUCUACUGAUAGGGGGCGAAACACAAACUUAAAAAAAAAAAAAAAUUGUCGUCCCUCCAUCUCUCUUUUUUCAUGUCGUCAUACUUGAGGCCCUGGUGGGAAUACAUGUCCUAGUUAGAAAACAAGUACAGCACAUUAACUUUUAGUUCACCCCACUCUCCAUUUUCUCCUCUCAUUCUUUUCCUUUCUUCCCCCUUUUCACAUAAUAUUUCCUCACUGUUCUCAUAUCACUUUCUAUCUGUUAUCCCUCCAUCUGUGACCUCCUCAUCCAUUUCAACUCAUCUUUCAUAACUCCUACUUCUCCUCUUCCUGUAGUAGAGUCGUGUUGAUGGAGUCACCGGAUUGUUUCUCUGAAUUAUUCAGGAACAUUAAAGUUACGCUCAUGUUAACAACAGAGUCUCUCCGCCAUGUUUUAUUCAGCCUCUUCUUCAGAUACACUGAAAACUGUAGCUACACACUUGCAUCGCUGUAAACAUAUGAAAGUUCUAGGGAAUAUAAACUACAAAUUUUAAGAAUUAUGUGCAGAACCUGUCUUGUGUACUGAUCCCAUGUUAACAGCUAAAUGGAAUUCAGCCAUCAGUAAUUUUAUUUCCAUCUGUGCUUUUCCACUGUUACAUGUCAAAAAAACAAAUGUGCAGUGUUGUCAGUUGGUCUGUAGAGGGCGCUAGAGGAUCACAGUAAUUGUUCUGUACACUAUAAUGCUGCAAUGUAUCACUUUAAUGUUUCAACUGGGCUCAAUUAAACUAAUUUAUAAAGCUAA